UAACUCAUAAACCAAAUGCAUUUAUCGUAAAAGAAUCCGGAAACUAAAAGUGUAUGUUAAUCGCUCCCUUUUCUCCGCAACGAUCAGAAGAUUCAGAAAGCGGCAACAACGACGAUGGAGGGAAGCAAGACGAAGAAGAAAUCAGCUCCUAUCACUCUGGAGCAAUUCGUUUCCAUCACAGCCCCACUUUUAGACAUGGAAAAGGAUGCAGAAAUUGCUGCGUCUAUUAGCUCAGGUGCAACUAGGAACUUGGAGACUGCCCAGAAAAAGGGUUCUACUAUUCUCAACUUGAAGUGUAUAGAUGCUUCGAGUGGGCUCAUGGGAAAAACUCUUCUUGAGUUUCAAUCAAACAAGGGAGACGUUCUUCCUCCCCACAAGUUUAGCACACAUGAUGUGGUAGUUUUGAAACCCAACAAAGCUGAUUUAGGUUCUCCUUCUCUUGGGCAAGGAGUAGUUUAUCGGUUGAAGGACUCAUCGAUUACCGUUGCUUUUGAUGACAUCCCAGAAGAGGGCUUAGCUAGUCCUCUACGGCUGGAGAAAGUGGCAAAUGAGGUGACAUAUCGUAGGAUGAAGGAUGCCCUGAUUCAAUUGAGCAAAGGAGUGCAUAGAGGGCCUGCUGCUGAUCUGAUUCCUGUAUUAUUUGGAGAGAGGCAACCAUCAAUGUCCAAAACUGAUGUUAAAUUCAAACCCUUCAACUCCAAUCUUGAUCACUCUCAGAAAGAUGCCAUCUCGAAAGCCCUAUCAGGAAAAAAUGUAUUUCUGCUGCAUGGUCCUCCAGGAACUGGAAAAACCACAACAGUGGUGGAAAUUAUCUUACAAGAAGUAAAGCGUGGAUCAAAAAUUCUUGCAUGUGCUGCUUCAAAUAUUGCUGUUGACAACAUUGUUGAGAGGCUUGUUCCUCACAGAGUAAAGUUGGUGAGAGUGGGACAUCCUGCUCGUUUACUUCCUCAAGUGUUGGAGAGUGCUCUAGAUGCACAGGUCUUGCGUGGGGAUAAUAGUUCUCUUGCAAAUGACAUCCGGAAAGAGAUGAAGGCUUUGAAUGGAAAGCUUCUGAAAGCCAAGGACCGAAACACACGGAGAGAAAUCCAGAAGGAGCUUAGAACACUGUCAAAGGAAGAGCGGAAUAGGCAGCAGUUAGCUGUAACAGAUGUAAUAAAAAAUUCAGAUGUUGUUCUAACAACUUUGACAGGGGCAUUUUCCCGCAAACUGAAUAAUAUUUCAUUUGAUUUGGUAAUAAUUGAUGAAGCUGCCCAAGCACUUGAAAUUGCAUGCUGGAUAGCUUUGUUAAAGGCAUCAAGAUGCAUUCUUGCCGGAGAUCAUCUUCAGCUUCCUCCAACAAUUCAAAGUGUUGAAGCAGAGAAGAAGGGACUGGGAAGAACCCUAUUUGAACGCCUGGCUGAAAUGUAUGGAAAUGAAGUGACGUCAAUGCUUACCGUCCAAUACCGUAUGCACGAACUUAUCAUGGAUUGGUCAUCAAAAGAACUUUAUGAUAGUAAGAUCAAAGCCCAUUCAAGUGUUGCUGCACAUAUGCUUUACGAUCUCGAGGAUGUAAAAAAGACAUCAUCAACGGAACCUACGCUUCUCCUUAUAGACAUAGCCGGGUGUGAAAUGGAAGAAAGGAAGGACGAAGAAGAAAGCACCUUAAAUGAAGGUGAAGCUGAGGUUGCUAUGGCUCAUGCAAAGAGACUGAUCCAAAGUGGCGUUCGACCUUCUGAUAUUGGAAUCAUAACUCCUUAUGCUGCACAGGUUGUGUUACUAAAAACGUUGAGAAGCAAUGAUGACAAACUAAAAGACAUUGAAAUCUCUACAGUUGAUGGCUUCCAGGGAAGAGAAAAGGAAGCCAUUAUUAUCUCUAUGGUCCGAUCAAAUUCAAAGAAGGAGGUAGGAUUCUUGAGCGACCGCAGACGAAUGAAUGUAGCUGUGACUCGAGCAAGAAGACAAUGUUGUCUGGUUUGCGACACCGAUACAGUAACUCACGAUGCAUUUUUGAAGCGAUUAAUUGAAUAUUUCGAAGAAAAUGGUGAGUAUCUUAGUGCCUCUGAGUAUCAGAAUGAAUAGUAAAUGUUUCUGGGAAUUUUUCUACUUAGACUUGUAUUAGGGGAACUUGUUGAAUUUUGAAGUUUCUCCGAACAACAGAAAGUUUGAUGUUCUAAUAUUUAUAUAGAUGAUGUUUCAUUACA